UCGUGCGAUACGCAAUUGAAACUUAUCCGGUGCCGUGUAUAUUUAUUAAUUAUGUGAACUUAUGUUUAAACGACAUACAAUGGUGCUUUAUAACAGAAAGCUUAAGAAACUGGUCGAAUCGUUAAAACUGAAUCGAAGGCGAACUUAAUUCGGGUGUCAUUCAAAUUGUGUGACCAUCGAAGUGCUCGGCAUAGUGAGGUUAUGUUUAGUGAAUUACACGACUGUAGAAAUAUUAAUUACGCUGUAAAUACUCGCGAAUGAAAACGGUAAAUAUUACUAAAUAGUAGAAAAGUAGAUGUAUUUGGAAGAAUUUGCCAAACUUUAUAUGAUACGUUUAUUAGCAAAUGGAUAUUCAACAACUGCGAUCUGUCACUUCCAUAAGUUCUUAUUCAUUUACACUUUCCACAGUCGUUGUAAAAUUACCUGAAUAAGUGAAAUUCUUCUGAAGAAAAGGCGUAACUUUAAUCUGUGCCAUGGCGGAAGAACCUGAUGUCAUCGGUUACGACACUCCCACGGAUGAAAAGUAUCGCGUGUACGCCAGCAUUUCCUUUGCAUUUCUACUGUUAGGAAUCGGAGUUCCAUUAUGGUGGUACACGACUUCGGUACCGAGAGUACCUCUUCCUUAUUCCGGAAUCGAAGGUCUCUCGGAUCUAGAGAUGAAAAUCAAAACGAAAAUCCUAAUCGCCGUGGUGGACAAAAGGCGAGCCGAGACGCUGACGGAAGAGAUACGGAAAAACUUCGAAAAGGCUGAGCUGUUCAACCUUGAGGUGGUUUACGAAGUGAUUUCUAAUAACCUGGUGCCAGCCGGCACCACGAUGAACGACUUGAAAUGGAUAUCUGAAACUUUUGACAUUGAAAAAGGCGAGUUGCUGCUCCUGGAAGUCCGAAGUAUGGAGAAAAGAGUCCUGGUCGGUUCUAGAAGAAGCAUAUACUUUUCCAGCGAAGCCAACAGCACUCAUUUAUGCGAGGUCCUGUCCCAGUGGAUAUUACAGGACAAAUCCUUGGCGUUGACAAAGAAUGCCUUGACAAAACCCACCGAGUACAGUUUGGACACAGAAAAUAGAAGACGAUUUCCACCGAGUCCGGCGUACGAUAUUUUACUUACAGUAGUGAAUCCAGAUCCUGAGAAACUGAACAUUGAGUGGAACUUGCAAAAUAUCGCCGAAGAGUACAUCGAGCCUUUCGUGAACGAGUUAUCCCUGGUCGGCAAUUUCUCGGUAAAGUCUCAGUGGCUGUACUUGGUGCAAUUAGGAGUCAUCCCAAAAGAAGUACCUGAUAGUAGCCCAUUGGGCAGACAUUACGCCCUGACCGAGAACGUCCUGCCGCUCGUGAUAACGCCAUUGGAGAAAAAAUUGGCCUCGCAGGUCAGUCUCCAUCCUUGCAUAAAUCUGGUGAUGUACAUGGUGCCAUGCGAAGAGGCGCCUCUUUACAUCUACACCCGGAAAGGUCAGCGUUCCAUGAUGGGAAGUAACGCGGAGGCAUUUCUCUCGCCGAGAUGGGGAGGUGUCGUCAUUGCCAAUCCUCUGUCCACCGCAUGCGAGGGAAAGGAGGGUAACAAAAUCGUGAGCGUCAAUCCCGACGAAUCGUCCAUCAUGGGAGUCUUCCACGUACAGCUGAGACUACUUCUGGGACUCCAGGACCUGCAUCCGAUAAGCGGAGUGACGGUGACGCCACCUCCGAACCUGAAGCCCAGAGACUGGGAGCUGGACGGCCUCCUGAGGAUCCGCUCCGUGGAGCAGCUCACCUCGGCGAAGCUCACCCUGCAGUCUCUGGCUCAACUCCUGGGGGAGAUAAGCAACAUCGUCAUCACCGACACAGUCGGGGACCGAAUAAAACGCGCCCUGGACUGCGUGACCCGGUCGGCAGACCUCCUGAAGAAGGGCCGACUCGAGGAAGGUUUCCUCCUGAGCAAGGAAGCCUUCGUCGCGGCAGAGAAGGCCUUCAGCGACUCCUCGCUCCUGGCGUUGCUCUACUUCCCGGAGGACCAGAAGUCUCCACCCUGGAUUUCAGAUACGCCGUGUACAUUCCGCUGUUCCUGCCGGUGUUGAUACCGGUGUUGUUGUCCCUGAGGAACAUACGGCGGUACUAUUUUAAGCCCAGCCGGAGCGAGAACCUGGAGGCCCAGGGGGAGGAAGAGGAGGCGACGAAACUGAAAACGGAGUAGCCGAUGCCCGUCUCGUGGAGGACUGAUAUUUACCGGGAUGAUCUGGGAGUCCCACCUCCGCGGACGAGUCUCCCUUUAGUCACACCUGGACCGCCUGGAGGAGGUCGAGGAGGUCGGGCCGUGUCUCUUAUCCUCCCAAUAUUUUUCUACUCUGCCAGGUCCCCACCCCGAGUCACCGUCGUAUCUUCUGCACCUCGAGAUCGUCGUCCGAGCGUUCCUUCGCGAGUCAUAUUUAGAUUAUACCUCAUAUCUGCGCCCGAUCGCGAUUAAACGUCUCUCGAGUUAAUUCUUUAAUUGUCGGUUAAGAAACGCGGGCACGUCGUCUUGCUUGCACUUGGGUCGUUCGAACGUUCCUUCGCGGGUGCAACGGAGCCUAACUGACUUGGACGCGACUGCAAUUCGCGAUUAUAUGCAGCAGUGGUCAUUUUUAGAUUACGCUUCGUAUCUGCACUCGAUCGCGAGGCGUUUGAAGCUCUGCCCCUUGCGACCGACGAAUUCAUUUUUUUUUAGUUAUCAAUAAUCGCGGGCACGUCUUGCUUGCACUUCGCGUCCAUUUUUUUUUUGUUAUCAAUAAUCGCGGGCACAUCGUCUUGCUUGCACUUCGCCUCCAUUUUUUAAUUAUCGAUAAACGCAGGUGCAUCAUUUUCCUUGCACUUAGGUCGUACCAACGUUUUUUCGCGAUUAUGCAGCGCCGGUCAUUUUUAGAUCAUACAUCGAGUCGAAUCGCUAUUGAACGCCUCUUGCGACGUGAAGCAUCUACGAAUCCCGAGUUUAAUUACCGCGUCGAAGAGUCCAAAACAUAUGCGCAAUUUUGUAUUAAAAAAGAAAUAGAAAAACACGUAUCGGUUAAGGUGUGGUGCCAAGUACCAGAAACGAAUACUUCCGAUAAGAUACCUUCAGGUACCAAAUCAUUUCCUGUGGUCGAAGAGCUAGUACCUCGAGUUUAGGUAUCAACCCUUUGCCGUACAAACUUUCCGACUAAUAUACAUAUUUUGUACGUUAUCCUAACGGGCUUAACUCGGAUUUUAAGGCGGCCCUUCGAUCCACGCACUAAAGAGAACGAAUGUAAAGUGUUUCACGGGUUUUAUUAAAUAAAAAAAAAAAGAAAGAAAAA